AUGUCAAAAGCACAUUUGAGGAAAAAGGAGUCCACUUCCAGCAAAAUAUCCGACGUGCCAGCAGAAGUAUCUCCUCCGCCCACCACGAACACCGAAAGCCUAGACGACGUAUGGCCCGAAUGGAACGACGGGGACGUCUACAGGGAGAAAUGGGACUCGGCCAAAGUGCCAGAUGAUCCAAAGCUGUUCUUUGAGGAUCCAGAGGGAAAAAUUACCCUUCCACCUACUUUGAACGUGCACUACUGGAGGCGCCCAAUAGAGUUUCUUGCCAACAUGACUCCCACAGUAGUGGAGAAUACAAUGACCUUUGAUCUGGUAACCUCCAAUCAACAUUUGCUUUGCAGUGAGGUGAUGAGGUGGAUUAUCAGUGAGAUUUACAUCAUUUGGAAAGUCUUUCACAACCCUGAAGCGCCAGAGCAUCAUGGUUGGAAACCUUGGGAACACAUCUACUCGCUCUGCAAGCCGGGGAAAGGUCACGUGCCGCACUUUAACAUCUAUGGGAAAUAUCUGGUUCGACUUUUUUGGAUGGGUUGCUGGAGGAAGAUAUUGGUUGAUGAUUCCAUGCCCUUCGACAUGAACCACAAUCUGCUGCUCCCGGCGUCCAGCUGUCGGUCCGAGCUGUGGCCCAUGCUCUUGGCCAAGGCGCUCAUUAAAGUAAUGAACACAAGGACUCUCAGUGGAGACCUCUCCGACGAAGUAGGCGAGUUUAACUUCAUCCACCACCUUACCGGAUGGAUCCCGGAAAUCAGUCCCAUAAACUACGUGUGCCGUAGAAAAACCUGGGAGUUCUUACAAGGCAGCAUCCCGGAAUUCAUGCACAAAAGCCCCGAAAAACAGCAGCAGAAAAAGUCGAAAAGGAUUUCUUCCCACAGCGAUCACAGGAGCCAACGGGAUAUGGACAAAGUUAAAACCAAAUUGGUGGUGUGCGCCAGCUUCUAUCCCAAUCAGCUACGUGACGAUCCCUUUACUUACACAAAAAUGGCCGAUUCCUCAGAAACCCUCCGUCGCUAUAACCUCUGUUAUAGCCACAGCCACAUCGUCUUGUUGACCCAGACCCGAACCUGCUCCUUGGAGGUACCGACCCAACCUCCGCCUGAACCGCCGUGGAAACUGAUCCGCAAGCAAAAAAAGAAGCCUGUGAUCACCGAUGAACCACAGUUUAUUCCUUUGCCCGAACCAGAAGAGUUCAUUGGUGUUGCCAGCCCCUUCAUCGACCAGUGCGUUAAGAGCCCGCCAAGCCCCACGACAGAGCGGGUGGACAAGAAGCAGCCCCCGUUGGAGCCCAUCCCUGAGGGAUCGGAGAACGAAGGCCGGGAGGCUCAGGAUCCGGAAGCCACUGAAACUGAUGUCAACUGUGAAACCAUCGUUGAGGAAGUCGAGGUUCCUGCAGAGGACAAGAAGAAGGACGAUGACGCUGUCUCCGUUGAUCUGCCCUCCAGUGUAAUAAAAGAACCCAUAGUCAAACCCAUAUUACCAGAAGUUUGGAUGGAAUUGGAGGACUUUCCAAAAUGUUUCUGUCGCUUGUGGGUUUUCCAUAACCCAGACACGUACCCACACCAAUCGCAGAAGUCUCAUCUGAAGUGUUCCUAUGCGCGAGGGACUUACUACUUUUGCGUGGACAGCCUGCAUCCUUCUCAGAUUCUCAUCAGUUUUUCUGGCCUGCUUCGCUGGGCAGGACUGGACAAAUCAGCUCGUUGCCCCGCCCUUCUCCAGGCUGCACCGUUCCACUGGAAGAGCAGACAAUGUCAGCAACCUAUAGUUACCAUUGAGACCAAUUGCUCCAAAGCCACCAUACUUAACCUACCCUCAGGGCGCCAUGUUUUGUCCUUCCACACGUACGCAGAGCUGGCCUACCAUGUGCACCUGUUUAGCAAAACACCUUUCUCCUUUGGCGACGAGGAAACCAUCAUGUCGCUCUGUACCAAGGAAAGUCUUCGUUUCUGUGAGAUGUCAAAAUCAAUAAUGCGAGCUUUGUCCAAAUUGGUGAUUUCCUUUCACGACCGACACGGCCACAAGCCUCAAAUAAGACACAGCCUGGAGGAGGCUUACAGUCCCAAUCAAGGCCCGUUGGAAAACUGGCAAGCCGAAAAGGUUUUCAGCUUGGCUGUCUAUCAUGUUCUGUCCGACGCCCUGGGCAGGGAAAUGACCCCGCAGGAGCGCUUUGCUGUGAUGGCCCUCACUGCUGACCCUACACUGCUGAGUAGGGCACGAAGGCCACGCUUCUAUGCAUUUUGUGAAGAGUCAAAAACCCCCGCAACAUGGAUUGACAGGCUUCCAACAAAGGAGGAGGUCAACGCAGCGAUUGUUCUGCAGGCUGCAUUCAAGGGACACUUGGUGCGAGAUGUUCUCAAACACUCCAGAACUGGCACAAUGGAGAGCCUCCAUACGUCCCCAGUGCUUUUAGAAAUGUGGUCCAAGGUGGAAUGUGACAUGGAGAACAACGGCUUCUCCUUGCUCCGGUACAUGUUCGAGCUCUCCGACAGGGAAACCAUAGUCUACCCAUGUCAGCUGGAUGAAUGGACCAAAGUGGUCUUCACCGACUACUCUGUCAUCCUCCCGGACAAGGCCAACUCUUGGAUCCUGGUCUUCAGAGAGGUGUUCUUUUUCACUAAGGAGACACUGCUGUUACCAAUGGUCUACAGUCCAGUGCCGUAUUCUCGGCUUCACGUCAUUAAUAACGACACCGGAGAAGAGCUGAGCAAGCUCAUCACAAGAGUCCCGCCGCUUCUUUAUCAACCUAAUGAGCUCGGUUACACUUUUGUCGCUGAGGUCCUCACACCUGAGUUGCCACCCAUUGAUGCCAGAUGGACAUUGCGCUUGAUCGCCACAAGAGAGCCUCUUCCACAGUUGUCCCAUGAGCUGCCACUCAACACAUUUGCCGUGCAGGAAUUCCAAGAUUAUUAUCUUCCCAACAUAAACAAUAUUAUAUGUGGCUAUACGGUCAAAGUGACUGUGCCUCUCCUCGGCACCAUUCACUUUCAGACAUCGAGCCGUUACGUCAAGAUACGUCUGUCAAUCCUGGAGAAAGAGACGGUCGUGGCCAGCGCCACCGGGCAAGGCCACGUCAUCAUUCCAGUGGCCAACUUCCUGCCCAAUGAGGAGGCCUUUGCUCUCCUCGUUACAGCUCCCAGUGGCGCAGUAGAAGAGAACCAACACACGCCCCCGGCCCAGGAGGACGAGAUCAAGGCGUUGUUAGACGACAGCCAGGAUGAAGAAGAGGAGAGCAGUACGUCGGGGAAAUCAGACUGCGAAGAUGACCACUUGCCGCCGCCCACCAAGCCGCCGGAUUACAGAUAUGUUGUGAGGGCAGAGGUGCUGUAUAACAGCUGGGAUUUGAAUGAGUCCCAGUUGGCUUUUGCCCAUCUGCUCAGUUUCAAAGAAACCCAAGUCUAUUUUCCGGAGGACUUGACGGAAUCCACCUCUGACGUGUCGGGAAGCGACGAGCCCAUCCCUGAAACACCGAAAGUCACUCGAAAAAGCGAAGAUAGCAAGAAGGCAGUCAGCUCCCCAACUGUCUCUCAGGAAGAAAUGGGCCUUGACCUGACUAAGGCCAACUACACGCUGCUUGUGGCUGUCGACACAAACGAAGCAGAAAGCAUCAUGGUGAAGAAGGACAGUGAGCGAAUCGAGCAAAUCAAAGCUAUUAAAAGAGCCUGGGAGGCGGCUGAACCGGGCCGCGCUGCCAAGGCAUGGCAAUUACGUCUAAACUGGCUCAGUCAAUUCUACCAGAACAAGGAUGGUGAGGUUCCAACUCCAGAGCCAGAAAUCAUUGAGUUUGAGGAAGGCUACAGUCCCAUUCCACCCAAUGCUCCCAAUAUACCAAUUGAAGAAAUGUUGAGCAUCGUUGUACCUCCCUUAGACUACAUGCCGUUCAUCAGAAGGAAAACUGAUCACCCAGUCUUCCUGGACCCCGAAAUGGAGGAGAACCAGCGGAAAGAACGCCUAGAGAAGAUCCAGGCCUACCAGCUGGAGCGCGAUAUUCUAGUAGAGGAGCGCCGUCAGAAAGCCGCCAUCAGGAGAGAACGAAUGAAAGCUAUUCUCAUGCUUUAUGAGAAGCAACAGAUGGCAAUGGUUGACGGGCAGCAGAAAUUCACGGACAUGCAGAUGCAUCAAAAUCAGAAAUCCAACGACACUCGCAAAUGGCUUAACAACCGCAUAAGAAGGAGAGAAGAUAAAAAUUUGGAUGAAUCCUAA